UUAUUCUUACGACAAUGCUAAGUCUAAAUGUAAACAGAAACUAAGGACAAGAAAAAAUGGAUGAUAUAAAAGAUGUUCAACUGGUUGAUUGUGACAAAUCUAUGUACAUUAAACCAAUUCGUGUGCUAUAUACACAGAAUGGAAAGAAGAAGGCGUGGGAUGCUAUGAAAGUUCAUGAUAGUGUAACAAUACUGAUCUUCAACUCUAGCAGGAAUGUGUUUGUCAUGGUUAGACAGUUUAGACCAGCUGUUUACAUAAAUGCCGCACAGUCCGUACAGGAUGAAGACGGCAAUCUGACCAUAGAUCACACGAAAUAUCCAGGCUCACUGGGCUUAACGUAUGAGUUAUGUGCUGGUAUAGUGGACAAGAAGAAGACAGUGGCCGAGAUUGCACAAGAAGAGGUUUUUGAGGAAUGUGGUUACAAAGUACAAACAGAAAAUCUGCAGAGGAUCACGGGAUACAGGAAUGGUGUUGGAACAUCGGCAGCAUAUCAAGACAUGUUUUAUGUUGAAGUAACAGACGACAUGAAAGUGUCGGCAGGGGGAGGUAACCAACAUGAGGGGGAACUAAUAGAAAUAGUUGAAAUACCACUGUCAGAAAGUAGGACUUUUAUGAUGGACGAGUCAAAAACAAAACAUGUGGCAGUUAUGUUUGCAUUAAUGUGGUUUUAUGAAAAUAAACAAUCAAAGAAACAAUAGCAUUUGACAAUUAUCGGUUCUAUUAAUAAGAAGUUCAAAUGUGAUUUCAAUAUUGUAUAUAAGUAUAUUUAACAUCGUUUAUAUGUGAGGAUCAGUCAAAUAAGUUAUAGGCGUUGUGAAUGGUAUAUCGUUGCCAUAGCAAUUUAACUUGAUAUGAUUAUCUCCCUUUCUUCUUAAUGAUAGCAAGUGCAAAAUAAUGUGAAGAAAUUUAUAUUUUAUAUUUUUCACUUUUCUAUAAACAUGGCUAUUCUUCCUAUAUCGUAUACAUUUUUGAUAAGAUUUUUUUACAUGAUAUUUUGAAUGUCUCGAAAUCAUAAACCUUAUUUUGUGAAACUAAAAGUCAUCGUAUUAUAAAAACCACAUUUAUGCCAUAAAAACAAACUUAUAAAACAUCUUUGAACUGGGAGAAACCAAAGAAUAAAUCUUUUUUUGCAUGGGACACAGAUGCAAACAUUUAUCGAGGUUUGUUUAAAAACUCCUGUUGCUGAAUAUUUUAGAUCUCUUAGAAUCAGUUGUAGAGUUUAUUGACAAUUUAAGAUUCACAUAAUCUUAGUGCUGUAAAACCAUCAUAAAAAACAAGGUCUACGGACGACAUUAUUUUAGCACUACUUAUAAAUUCGUUUUUGUUCAGUCGUAAGAUUAUAGCUGCACGCCUCCAGAUGAGCCAAAAUAUUUCAAGAAAUUCAAUCAGUAGAAAAAUUUAUGAAGAUCUUAAGAAAAGUAAAAAUAUUCAAUAUUUAAUAAUUGCUUACAUGUGCGAUUAAUGACUGAUUUUGCAUCAUCAAUCACUAUAAUUCUACUGUGUUACUAACGCAGUAAGAGGUAUUUAUGUAUAUUUUGAUAGGUUUGGUAAUUUACGUGGAUUGUAAGUGCCGUUUGCAAUGUGUAAAUUACUCUUUUUGUUCACUUCACAAUAUUUUACUUUUAAAUACAUGUUCAAAAUUUU